AUGAAGAAGAGCUACGAGUUGUUGAAGGGGAAAAUUGGCAUAGGAUUUGUACUGGUUUUUGGGUACUUGGCUAUUUGUGUAGUGAUUAAUGGGCUAUUUGGUUCAAUUGUGGUGCAUGGUGGAGAGGAUUACAGGGUGUUGACAAGGAUUGUGGUCAGUGGGUUCCUCGUUGGGAUUUUGGUGAUUGUGAAUCUUAUAGGGAUAUUGGUGCAAAGUGUGUUUUACUAUGUCUGCAAGAAUUAUCAUCAUCAAUGGAUUGAUAAGAGUGCACUGUGUGAUCAUCUCGGUGGAUAUCUCAUUCUCAGGGAAUAUGUGCCUCUCAAGAGCAGCAUUCAGAUGGAAAACAUGGAUGUUUAA